AUGGAGGAUCCCUGGGGUUCCCCUUGGACCAACGACGAGCCACCGAAGAUAGACCUUCCCACGCCGCCGCCACAUGCGCACUUCACUACAGACCACUCGGGCAGUUCACAGCGCGUUUCGCCUGCUCAUACGCCAUGGAACGAAGAUGAUGAUGCGUGGGGCGGAUGGGCCGAGGCGGGUAAAGACAGUAGCCCACGUUGGGGCAGAAGUCCUGGCUUGCGCCCUAUAGGGGGUAGUCCAUCUGGUUCGAGGUUACCAUCGCCGACCCCGGAUCCAUGGGGACACUCGCCAACGUUUAACACGGCACGACUACGAAAGGAGGAUAACGGAGAUUCAGCAAUCAGUCUCGGCGAAGGACUGCGACCGAUUUUAGGGCGUAUUGCGACGAGGACACCAUCACCUGCGCGGUCACUUAAAGAGAACGCAGCAGAUAUCUGGCAGCAACCAGACCCAGCGCUCUCGAAUAGGAGCUUAAGUCCUUUACCGACCGAAGAUGAAGGUAGACCGGAGUCACCGAGUGAAGUACCUAGACCGGCUUUGCAGCGUGGAACAAGACCGCCUGCUUCGCGACAAUCUUCCAAUAAGGUUUCUGAGUUGGUGGAGAUGUACGAUGAUAUGGCAAAAAUCAGCCAUAGUGCUUCGCCUAUUGAUACAUCCAUGCGGAAGGUGUCGGACAAUGCGUCGGUGCAGGAUGUCACGGUUGACAUAAAAAUCGACGAACCAGAUGGGAUUGAAGAUGAUAUACGGGUGAAGGUCGAGGUGGACGGGGAAUCGAAGGAGGAGCCGAAUGGGAAACUUGAAAUUGGACCAGAAGAGGAAGUGGAAGAAAAAUCGAAACUUCAAUCCGAGCCAGACGCGAAAGUUGAGAUCGUGUCUGACGAAACCCUAGAUCAAGACGAGAAUGUGGUGGAGAAUGGAAUUGCAGAGUCACCCAAGGACGAAGACCAAGUGCAGACAGACUCAGACUCAUGGUCGGAUUUCGAAUCACCAAUGAAGGAGGCACAGCAAGACGAGGCUAAACAACCUGAAGUUGAAGUUGACAAAGAACAGCCAGCUGCAAUAACGACUGACACGGCGAGCCAUGACGAGACACCCAAAGAGCCAGCACCAGCUCCGCCAAAAGCACCGCCGGAACCAUUCGUAAUUGACAUGGCAAAGCUUGAUAGUAUCUUACCGUCAGUCGAAAUGAGCUUCCCAUCCCCGGAGCCGAUUCCUGAUGUCAUUAUCGACGAUAGCUUCACUUCCAUCUCAGAGCGCAAAGCAUGGUAUCUUAUGUCGAGACCUGGUUCGAUACGGAAGCACAACUUGGGAGACGACGAGAACUAUGUUCGCGUUGGUUGGGGAAACUCCCAGGUGCGUGAACAGGCAAUCAGAAUUGUUAGGCGAUGGAUGGAGGAAGACUCGAUCACGGGCCGUGUUGUUCUCGGCCGAAGAGGUGGUACCGCUGGUGCAAAGAUCUUCAACUGGGAUUCAUCGGCACCAUCCACCGACAUCUCAAUCUCUGAACUUUUGGCGAGAAAGAAUCAUUCGAGACAUGCUUCAGCAGCUUCCAAAGGGACUGUCGCGUCGCCUACAGCUGCAGCGUUUGGAUGGGGUAGCAACCCCAUUCCUUCGCCAACUGUUGCUGCAGCCUCUUCUGCGCCUCGUACUUCGACCACGAGUGAGCCGAGGUCAUCUGUUGAAACGUCGCCCGUUGAUGCCACGAAAACAUCCCCGGUGUCAAAGACAAAAGCGCCUCCUUUGGCAUCUCCUCCAAGGCCAUGUAUCACCGAGGAGCCUCCUUCUCCUAUCAAGCCUAUACCAUUGAAACCUACAAACCGGCCUAUCUCUAUAACGCAACCUUUAAAUUUCCCAGCAUCACCUACGAUCUCGGAACCACAGUCUCCACUUAAUCCUCCUUCGUUUCUGUCAACAAAACGACCGGUAUCGGUAUCGCAAGCACCGACAUCCCCUCUAGCACAACCUCCAACAAACGCAGGCUGGGGCGAAGAUGACGAUGAUAACGAUGAUUGGGGCGACAUGGUUUCAUCGCCCACAGCCGAAACAAAUGGCGGUUUUACUUCCAUGGAUGCGAUUGUAGAUUCCAGCUCGAAUGAUAUCAAAGACAAUACCAGUCAGCCCUCAAUUACAGCUCAAAGUCCGUUGGAUGACAUAGUCCAGAGUGCACCGCAAGCCGAAAUAGUGACCGACGGCCGACCUUCCGCGGAUGCUCUGCCUUUGCCUCCUCAAAGCUCUUUUAGCCACGCUCAAUCACCUACUGACCCCUGGAACAUUUCAGCGCUGCAAGGCAUAGCUUCGAGCCACUCUCGGUCGACUACUGUCGAUUUGACCACCCCCCCUGUGAAGAGCUUGAUCCCCAAUCAUUCAAGAUCCACAACACUUGACUUGGGAACACCUUGGUCACCCUUGGCAAGUCUUGCAUCCGCAAACCUGAUAUCAAACAAAGCCAAAACACCAAUCGAGCAAGCAAACAAGGUCAAUGAUUGGGAUUCAUGGGGCUUAGGUUUGCUCGAUGAUUCCAACAAGCCAGUUGGGCCAAAGGAAGAUGGGAUGUUUGCAAGCCAACAGCUACAAGCUCCGACGCCAGUUGACACAUUCAAAGACAUGGCCUCUCCUAAAAAGCCCCGGCCGGUAUCACUACCUGUCCCUCCGCGACCAAAAACAGUUGUUGAGUCCUUUAAAGACGACGAGAUCGUCGCCAAUAUUCUUCGAGAUCUACCGGAUCUCUCUUAUAUGUUACGAUAA